AUGGGUGUAAAGGAAUACCUUUUGAUUUUAGUUUAAAUUGUAUUAAUAGAUGUAUUUCUAAUAAAUGCUAUAAUGAUUAUUAUGGUUAAAAUCCACUUCUACCCGGUGAAUAAGAUUCUAAAAGAGAAAGGGAUUUUAAAAUAUGCGUAAGAUCUCUACAUACAUACUGCAGAAACAAAUUAAAGGGUGAUGAAAAUUAUAUAUGUAUAUAUUGAAAUUAGCUAGAAAAAUAAAUAAAUAAAUAAAAUAUUUAAAUGCAAGCUAUACUUUGAGACCCAUUUUAUAUUUGCAUAAUAAGAUAUAUUGAUUGAGCUAUAAAUUAGUAAUUUAUUUAGAAUAAUCUAUAAAUAAACAAUAAAGUAACAUGUAUAUAAAUCAAAAAAUAAAAUUAUUAUUUUUGGAUAUCCUUCAAUUUUUAUUCUUUUCGUUAUUUUUGUAUGGAUUUUGAAAUUCUUACAAUAUAUUUAAACCCUUUUUACCAACGAAAUAAGUUGUAGUGAGCAUAAAAAGUGCUAAAGAUGA